GGGAAUAUCCCUGAGAAAAUGGACUCCUGAGGCCGUACCCAAAUAGUUAAGCGAAUUUGUUAGAAUAAAACUACGAAAGUCCAAAAUAAGGAAUAACGACACAAAUACAAGACAGCUGGAUCGUGGGGACUCAAAGACAGACAGCGUUUAUCUCCAGCUUCUCUCCCUUCGACACCUGAUGGAGGGCUCCGACAGUUCCGAGCCGGGCGCCAGUGACCAACCAGAGGCCCAGCGCAGGCGGCAACGGGACCGGCUAGACCGGGAGGAGGCCUUCUACCAGUUUGUCAACAACCUGAGUGAGGCAGACUACCGGCUGAUGAGAGACAACAAUCUGCUGGGUACCCCAGGUGAGAUCACAGCGGAGGUGUUGUUGAGUCGGCUGCAGCAGAUUAAGGAUGGGCCAGAGCAGCAGCAGCCUAGCAUCAACACCAGUGAGACUGGAGAAGCUACAGGAGAACCGACAGAACCGGUGGAAGGUCCAGAGGACCCGUCUAAUGGCGACACCCUCUUGGAUUGGCUGAACACCGUCAGGCGGACAGGCAACACCACCCGCAGUGGUCACCGAGGCAACCAGUCGUGGCGGGCGGUGAGCCGGACCAACCCAAACAGCGGAGACUUCCGGUUCAGUCUGGAGAUCAACGUUAACCGUAACCUGGCUGAGCAGCAGGCCCGCGCCGAUGUGGGGGAGGGGGAGGCUCAGGAGGAAGCCCCCGCAGAAGCACCUGGCGAUGGGGUGGAGGCAGUGGUCGGAGUGGAGGUCCAGGCAGGGACUGAGGCAGUGGUCGGAGUGGAGGUCCAGGCAGGGACUGAGGCAGUGGUCGGAGUGGAGGUCCAGGCAGGGACUGAGGCAGUGGUCGGAGUGGAGGUCCAGGCAGGGACUGAGGCAGUGGUCGGAGUGGAGGUCCAGGCAGGGACUGAGGCAGGGACUGAGGCAGUGGUCGGAGUGGAGGUCCAGGCAGGGACUGAGGCAGUGGUCGGAGUGGAGGUCCAGGCAGGGACCGAGGCAGUGGUCGGAGUGGAGGUCCAGGCAGGGACUGAGGCAGGGACUGAGGCAGUGGUCGGAGUGGAGGUCCAGGCAGGGACUGAGGCAGUGGUCGGAGUGGAGGUCCAGGCAGGGACCGAGGCAGUGGUCGGAGUGGAGGUCCAGGCAGGGACCGAGGCAGUGGUCGGAGUGGAGGUCCAGGCAGGGACUGAGGCAGUGGUCGGAGUGGAGGUCCAGGCAGGGACUGAGGCAGGGACUGAGGCAGGGACUGAGGCAGGGACUGAGGCAGGGACUGAGGCAGGGACUGAGGCAGGGACUGAGGCAGGGACUGAGGCAGGGACUGAGGCAGGGACUGAGGCAGGGACUGAGGCAGGGACUGAGGCAGGGACUGAGGCAGGGACUGAGGCAGGGACUGAGGCAGGGACGGAGGUACCCAUGGAGACAGGAGAGGUGCUGGAGGAACCCGUUGUGGAGGAUCUGGCUGUCAUAGUGGAACCAGAAGUGGAGAUGGAGCCAGAGGCUGAACUAGAAGCAGAGAUGGUCCCAGAGUUAGUAGUAGAGGUAGUCCCACAGCCGCCUAGCCCUGUCACCACCACCCCUCCUGUCUCCAGACCAGCCAGUCCCCUGGUGCAGGCCCCUCCCAGCCCUCCCCCUGAGGAGCCUCCGCGACGUGGCCAGAGACGAGCCCGCAGCCGUAGCCCCGAGCAGCGCCGGACAAGGGCUCGCACCACACGGAGCCGUUCUCCCCUCACCCUGGACCGACUGGACGGCCUCCCCCGCCACGUGCCCAACGCCGCCCCUUCACACAGCCCCCCCACCCUGCCCCCCCAGGUCCCCGCAGAGGGAAGCUCACGGACUCGACAGCAUGUUCUGUCCCGGCAGAGCACCUCAGAGUACGAGGUCCAGUCAGCCGGAACAGGGUCUGACACAGGUUCUGGAAACGCCCCAGAGCCCGUUACCACCCCACCCCAGGAGGGAGAGGCCGCGGGCGGGGAGGGAGCAGCGGGACGACGUCCCCCCACCAUCAUGCUGGACCUGCAGGUGCGUCGUGUUCGUCCAGGUGAGUACCGCCAGAGGGACAGCAUUGCUAACAGAACCCGCUCACGCUCCCAGAACUCCAACAACACCUUCCUGUACGAGAGUGAGAGGGGGGGAUUCCGCAGGACCUUCUCCCGGUCCGAGCGCGCGGGUGUGAGGACGUACGUCAGCACCAUCAGGAUCCCCAUCAGGAGGAUCAGUGACGCGGGGUUGGGAGAGGCCACCUCCAUGGCUCUGCAGACCAUGAUACGACAGAUCAUGACCGGCUUCGGAGAGCUCAGCUACUUCAUGGACUCGGACUCGGACUCCUCGGACUCAAACCGUGGCGGUGGUAACCCCACUGGCGCUGCCGACCUGGCCGAGGCGCUCAACACUCCCGAGGGGGGAGUAGCCGGUAUGGCGGAGGGGGCGGAGCCUCCUGUCUCAGUGGGUGGGCCUAGUGUGGGAGGAGCCGGGGAGGCAAGGACAGAGGAGGGGGAAGAAGGGGUUGGUGUAGGUCUGGCCCCAGGGAUAGGUUUAGGGGUGGGGGGCACCCCCAGGGAGGGGCGAGCUCGGCCCCGUGCCCCCAUCAGUUUGGAGGAACCAGGGUCACUACCCUUCCUCCGCCUUGCUCACUUCUUCCUCCUGAAUGAUGAGGACGAGGAACAGCCCAGAGGACUCACCAAGGAGCAGAUCGACAACCUCUCCACCAGGAACUUUGGGGAGAGUGACGCUCUGAAGACCUGCAGUGUGUGUAUCACAGAGUAUGCUGAGGGGAACAAGUUGAGGAAGUUGCCCUGUUCUCAUGAGUACCAUGUUCACUGUAUCGACCGCUGGCUGUCUGAGAACUCCACCUGUCCUAUCUGCCGCAGGGCCGUGCUGGUGUCUGCUAACCGGGAGAGUGUGGUCUAACCUGGAGAGCUGGAGGUCAGGGGUCAGCGGUGCUCCAGGCAGACGGCUCCAGUAUAUAACACGGUGUCGGUUCUGCAGGCCUUUCUCCUAGUCAGACCAUUUACAUUGUUCAUGUUUUCAUUCUUAAGCCAUUACUGACUUUUAUCCAACUGACAUGCCGGUGUUUGGAGAGACAGACGGAGACGGAGACAGACGGACCAGAGAGAGACAGACAGACGGAGACAGACGGACCAGAGAGAGACAGACAGACGGAGACAGACGGACGGACGAGAGAGAGAGAGACAGACAGACGGAGACGGACGGACGAGAGAGAGAGAGAGAGAGAGGCGGAGACAGACGGACGGACGAGAGAGAGAGAGAGAGAGAGACAGACAGAAAGGUGGUGUCUUCAUAGUGUAGUAAGAGACAUGAGAGAUGCCACUGUCCCAUUGGCCAACAGACCCCACUCUCCCUUACCUAUUACCCUGAGAGGACCAACAGACCCCACUCUCCCUUACCUAUUACCCUGAGAGGACCAACAGACCCCACUAUCCCUUACCUAUUACCCUGAGAGGACCAACAGACCCCACUCUCCCUUACCUAUUACCCUGAGAGGACCAACAGACCCCACUCUCCCUUACCUAUUACCCUGAGAGGACCAACAGACCCCACUCUCCCUUACCUAUUACCCUGAGAGGACCAACAGACCCCACUCUCCCUUACCUAUUACCCUGAGAGGACCAACAGACCCCACUCUCCCUUACCUAUUACCCUGAGAGGACCAACAGACCCCACUCUCCCUUACCUAUUACCCUGAGAGGACCAACAGACCCCACUAUCCCUUACCUAUUACCCUGAGAGGACCAACAGACCCCACUCUCCCUUACCUAUUACCCUGAGAGGACCAACAGACCCCACUCUCCCUUACCUAUUACCCUGAGAGGACCAACAGACCCCACUCUCCCUUGUGUAACAGUAUAACUUUACGUCGUCAAGAAGAGUACUGUUACACUUGCCUGUCUUACCCCAAAAGGGACUCCACUGUCCCCACCUCACCCUGCUCUCCACCUGAAAGAUGAACUGCAUUUAUCAACAAACACUCUGGAACGGCUCACAGACUGUCAGUGUGUCAAAGCUUGCUGAUUUUUAGUUUUUAAGUUAAAACUGUAGAAUGUUGUACAGGCUUUAAUGGGGAGAAGAAGACGUGACGGACUUGGAUUCCGUUUGGAAUUUUUAGCUAUCAGUUUAUUUGGAAUCGUAUUGCGUCAUAUUCAUGACAUCGGAAUCAAUGGUACUGAUGAUGAAUUGUGUUGAGAUGGGAUGUAGGUAUCUGUUAACUGAUGCUAGUGUGUAGUCUGACUCUAGCCCAUCACCAUGAAGCAUUUUCUAUUUCUGCCCUCUGACAGUGUUUCAUCAUGACAUCUCAGAGUAGGACAAGUGAUCUAGGAUCAGUGGUGUGAUCUAGGAUCAGUGGUGUGAUCUAGGAUCAGUCCUUAUCUUAUUCAUUAAACCUAAGAAGCCCAACUGAUCCUAGAUCACCACUCCUAUAUAGUGCCCUACCCACCACCCUAUCUCUAUAUAGUGCCCUACCCACCACCCUAUCUCUAUAUAGUGCCCUACCCACCACCCUAUCUCUAU